AUGCACCCUGGAUUGCCAAUGCAGGACGCCCGGCGCAAGGUGCAAGCUGACGUGCUCCACGAGUUCGGGCACGCGUUGGGCCUGGUACACGAGCAUAAACACCCGCAUUGCAAGGCCAAGUGGAACUACAGCCAGCUUAUGGACAGGAAUCAAUGGGGGUUGGACCUGGUGCGUCGCAACUACGACAAUGAUACGCAUAGUGCCAUUAACACCAGGUGGGACAGGGCGUACGAUCCAAAGUCGAUUAUGCACUACGCUAUCAUGAGGGGAGAUACGCAGAGCGGGCUGAGGGAUGUCCCUGAGAAUAUUGUGCUCUCUGACAGCGACAAGGAGACGUUGGCCCUGCUCUACCCACCAGUUGCUGUUGUGAAGCAACGCUCCACGGUGCCCAAAGAGUAUACGAGGAACUAUGAGAAAGAGAAGCGGGAGAAAAGGCCAAAAGAGUCUACAAAGGACUAUGAGCAGAAGAAGAAGAAGCGAGAGAAGAAGCUCAAAGAGUCCACGAAGUACUAUAAGAAGGAAAAGGAAAUAAAUUCUAAGAAUUGGGGGCCCCGGCAAAAAUCGUAUGUCGGCGGGAACAACUCUGCCGUGGUUUGCGGAGGCUACGUGGAGGUAAGUGGUAACGCAAGUGUGGUCAUCCACGGCAGUGGCCACGUCGUCGUCUCCGGCAAUGGCGAUGCGAUCGUCUACGGUGAUAGCACGGUCUGUGCCAGCGGAAAUGCCGAUGUCUACGUCAACGGGGGUGGCUCUGCAAGGGUGAGUGGGAAUGCCAUGGUUGAAUUCACAGGCACAGGCACAGGAUAUGUCACUGGGAAUGGUUCUAUUCAUUGGAAUGCUUGA